AGACUUUGGAAUAUAUCAGCCGGAUGGGAGGCCAACUUACAUAUAAAAAGUCAGAAAUUGUUCUGACUCUUUGUGAGCAAUUAAUUGUCUGAGCACGAUCUUAAAAGGAAACCAUCUUCAUGAUACGAGAAACCAUGGCAACUGAGCUAUCAUCAAAUUGGAAGAAGCUUCAGGCGCAGAUCCAAGCAGAAUCCACUACCAGCUCAACCACGAACCCAACAGCCCGGAAACGAAAAGCUACGCAAACGACAACCAAAUCCUCACCGCCAGCUAAGAGACAAAAGUCAAAGUCUCUCGCGGCUCCUGCGCCCCAGCUGCCGGGGCGGCCUGUCGGCAACGCCAAAGCGAGAGCCCGAAUUCCUAACCUCUCAGCCCGGAUGGGUGCAGGCCAGAGUUCCAAGAUCGACACCGGCCCGUCACCGUCCCUCGCAUCAUGGGCAGCCGAGAACGACAUAUCCCCCGAGUCCCUAGCCGAGGCGUACGGCCUGGGCCUGCGGAACAACUCGCUCCUCACGUCGGAGAAGGAGAAAGUGAACGCGGGGCUCACCGAGGGGCUCGAGGUGGGCAAGUACAUCGCCAUCGACUGCGAAAUGGUCGGCGUUGGCGAAGGCGACUGCGAAAUGGUCGGCGUCGGCGAAGGCGGCUACGAGUCCGCGCUGGCGCGCGUCAGCGUCGUGGACUUCCACGGCCGCCAGGUGUACGACUCGUACGUCAAGCCGCGGGAGCGCGUGGCGGACUGGCGCACGGCCAUCACGGGCCUGACGCCGAAGCACAUGCGGUCCGCGCGGGACUUCCACGAGGUCCAGGCCCAGGUCGCCGAGCUGCUGCGCGACAGGAUCCUGAUCGGGCACGACGUCAAGCACGACCUCGACGCGCUGAAGCUGAGCCACUCCGUCCGCGACAUACGCGACACCUCCAAGUUCCCCGGGUUCCGGCAGUACGGCAACGGGCGGAAGCCGGCGCUGGCGAGGCUGGCGAAGGAGAUCCUCGGGGUGGAGAUCCAGAGCGGCGCGCACUCGAGUGUGGAGGACGCCAAGGUCGCCAUGGCGCUCUUCAGGCGGCAUAAACCUGCGUUUGAUGUGGACCAUGCGAACCGGUUUCCGAUGACUACGGGGACGGCGAAGCCCAGGGCCAAGAAGACCAAGAAGAAGAAGAAAUAGCGGGGGGGGAAACGGAACUCGGACGUCUGGAGAGGAGAGUUGCGGAUCUUUGGGAUACCCUGAAUUGCGGUCUGAUCUCAUGUGGGUGGACCUUGACUAUUCAUGUUUCUUCUUUUUCUUUUCCACCUUGAGGCCAAUGUAUAUAUGAUUCCGAGACGUGCAUGUCAAGUGGACGCCGACUAGAGAUGUUCUAUAGAUGGCAUGACAGCGAAUGGAUACUAUAGAUUCCAACACAGGUCUCACACCCUC